CUUUGCGUCUCUCUCUCUCUCUCUCCCGUGGCGCUUCUCGUGAUCUCUCUCUCUCUCGACCGUCAAUCGGUUUUAUCCUGUUUGAGAUUCUCGUUCGUCUUUGACUUUCUUUGAAUUUGCUUCCGCAAUCCCCGUUCUUCGACUUAGGGUUUUCGAUUUCGAUUUUUCGCCUUUUUUUUUUGUAUUUGUUUCCCUAUUCUGCUUGCAAUUUCGAGUAGACCUCGCUUUCUCUUGUUGGGUCCCGAAAUCAUCAUGAUCAGAGCGGUUGAACCGAGUUCAAUCGAAUUCGCGUGAAGAAAAAUACAUAUAGGGUUUUCUGGUGUUUGCGGGUGUUAUCAUCAUGGUGGGUACCCAGCGCUCGGACGAUGGUUCUUCGCCGCAGAAAUCACCCAAGAGCUACGGAAUUACGAAAGCGCUCUCGCUUGCUGGGCCUUCGCCUGCGGAUAUCAAGCGAAACGCCGAGUUGGAGAAGUCCUUGGUUGACGUGGGACUCUACGAAAGCAAGGAAGAAACCCAGCGGAGAGAAGAAGUUCUUGGUCGCAUUGAUCAGAUUGUGAAGUGUUGGGUGAAGCAAUUAACCCGCCAAAGGGGCUACACAGAUCAGAUGGUGGAGGAUGCUAAUGCUGUCAUUUUCACAUUUGGUUCUUACCAUCUUGGAGUACACGGGCCUGGGGCUGAUAUUGACACGCUGUGUGUUGGGCCAUCUUAUGUUAAUCGAGAGGAGGAUUUCUUCAUUAUCUUGCAUGAUAUAUUGGCCGAGAUGGAAGAAGUGACUGAACUUCAACCUGUACCUGACGCCCAUGUCCCAGUCAUGAAAUUUAAGUUCCAAGGAAUAUAUAUCGAUCUUCUUUAUGCCAGCAUAUCACUGCUAGUCGUGCCACAGGAUCUGGAUAUCUCCAGCUCAUCCGUGCUGUGCGAUGUGGAUGAACAAACUGUUCGCAGCCUUAAUGGUUGUAGGGUUGCUGAUCAAAUUCUUAAGCUCGUUCCUAAUGUUGAGCACUUCCGGACAACAUUAAGAUGCCUGAAGUACUGGGCUAGGAGGCGUGGCAUUUAUUCAAAUGUUACGGGAUUCCUGGGUGGUGUAAACUGGGCACUUUUGGUUGCACGAGUGUGCCAGCUAUAUCCAAAUGCCAAUCCUAGUAUGCUGGUUUCUCGAUUUUUCAGAGUUUACACUCAAUGGCGGUGGCCAAACCCUGUCAUGCUUUGUGCAAUAGAAGAGGAUGAGCUUGGGUUUCCUGUUUGGGAUCCUCGUAAAAAUCCCCGCGAUCGCUAUCAUCACAUGCCAAUCAUAACUCCAGCAUAUCCGUGCAUGAAUUCUAGUUACAAUGUCUCUCAAAGCACUCUUCGCGUCAUGACAGAGCAGUUUCAGUUUGGUAACAGGAUCUGUCAGGAGAUUGAGCUAAAUAAAAACCAAUGGCGUUCCUUGUUUGAACCAUAUAUGUUUUUCGAGGCAUAUAAAAACUACCUUGAAGUUGAUGUAGUGGCAGCAGAUGCAGAUGAUUUAUUGGCUUGGAAAGGUUGGGUGGAGUCACGGUUCAGACAGCUGACCUUAAAGAUCGAACGAGACACAAACGGGAUGUUGAUGUGCCAUCCUCAUCCAAAUGAGUAUGUAGACACAUCCAGGCAGUUUCCGCACUGCGCAUUUUUCAUGGGAUUACAGAGGGCACAAGGACUUAGUAGUCAAGAAGGUCAACAGUUUGAUAUACGUGCAACGGUUGAUGAGUUUAGGCAAGAUGUAAACAUGUAUAUGUUCUGGAAACAUGGGAUGGAUGUGUAUGUUUCUCAUGUUCGUAGAAAGCAGCUUCCUGCUUUUCUUUUCCCAAACGGAUAUAAAAGGCCUCGACAAUCCAGACACCAUAACCAGCAGUGCGGAAAACCUUGUGAGGAUGGCUCUGGUUCCCGGUCUGGCUCUAUGGAGAGAAAUGCUAAGAGAAAGAAUGAUAGUGAUACAGUCGAUGUGAGGUCAGAGAAACCUGAGAAGCGUGCAUCUCUUAGUCCACAAAGUCUAGGUUCUGUUUCUCCUGACAGUAGUUCUGGUACCACUUGUGAGAUCUCUCCCAUUAGCCUUGUUGGAGGUCUUAAACCUGAGUGCUCGGUGGCUGGUGAUGCUGUUUGUGACCUUAGAAGGCCACCCCGUGAGGAAGCCGUGGCUGAAAAUUUUAGCAGUGAAGGCACAGAACUAAAAACGUUUGCUCAACGUGAGUGUAGCACUGGCAUUGAGCAAACUAUGGACGUAGAUAGUAUUACAUCAGUCCAAGGCUGUGCUGAGCCUGCUGAACCCGUUGGAAAGCUUUGGACACCUGAUUCUAACUCUGUGUCAGCAUUUGAAAGUGGGCAAGAUAAAGACAUAGGUCAUGAAUUGGGUUAUGUAUCCAUCAAUGACGCUGAGAUGCCUCUCCCUGGGCAGUUAAACAUGGAAGGGGGAGAUGUUGAAGCUGAGAAGGAAACCAAACAAUGUAACGACGGUACAGGAAGGACUGUAGAAAUUGCAGAUAAGGUUUUGGGGAUCAGGUCUUGUGUGAAGAACCUUGAAUGCAAAGGUUUAGUUGUAGCUGCUGCAAAUCUGGAUCCAGAUGUGGGAGGUAAAACAUUGCACUCAGAUGGAGUCUUUCAAAGUGCCUUGUCAGAAAAACUUCAGCCAAACUCAGGGGUGGAGAAGUCGGAAGACAGAGCAGCUAGGUCAGAAUCUUUGCAGAAGCCACUGAUAAGCGCCAUGUUGAACUUGAAGUCGAUGGUGUGACGUUUCCUCAAGGCAAUCGAAAAGAGAAACGGAACAGAAAAUAAAACGGAUGAAACCUGGAAAAAUGGAGGAGUAAUCAUGGGCAUGGCCAACCCCUCUAUUGUUGGCUGCGGAAGGAUCCCAAGACACUGGUAAGUGGUAAGUUCACCUUAAUCUGAAAACCAAAUAAAGGAAAAAAAAAUUUACAAUUUUGAGAAAAACCCAAAAAAAAAAAA